GGCACACGUAGACGGAUGCUCCCGAUAUCUUUCAUCCGUCGCGUUGCUCAAAGUGCCCGCGGAUUGCCAAAGGGACACCCGUGAAUGACCAAGCUCGGCAUUUAUUAGAAAGAAAGAAAAAAAAAAAAAUCAUAAACAAACUCGUUGAUUCGGUCACUCGAUUUCAACUGCGCGUUGCCAAGUACAGGUGCAUAUUUGAAGCAGCACGAGCGUUUUCCCUCCGAGGGUUUCACCGACUAGUGGAAGAGAUACAAAAAGGGGUUUGUGCCACUGGAAAUCCCGAGGACAAAAAAGAUGAGCCCAAAGCUGUGCGUCAUCGCGGUGGUCGUGAUCGCGUUGUCGAGCGAUUCGCUUAACGGAGCCGAGGCGUGGGGUGGCCUCUUCAACCGUUUCAGCCCGGACAUGCUGUCCAACAUGGGCUACGGCGGCGGCCACGGGGGAAUCAUGUCGCGGCCGUCCGCGUAUCUUCAGCAGGCGGGCUCGUUGAGCGAAAACAACUUGGACGAGGGGGCUGACGAGCCGUGUUACGAGAGGCGCUGCACGACCAACGAGGACUGCUGCUCCAUGUCCGUGUGCAUCAACUUCGAGGACGGAGAGUGGCCGGAGGGACGGUGCAUGUUUGUUUACGGGCUGAAGCAGGGCGAGCUGUGCCGUAGGGACAGCGAUUGCGAGACGGGCCUUGUUUGCGCCGAGCUCGCGGGCACAGACAGCCUCUCGUGCCAACCGCCCGUCACCUCGAACAAGCAGUACAGCGAGCAGUGCAGCAUGUCCAGCGAGUGCGACAUCGGCCGGGGUCUCUGCUGCCAGUUGCAGCGGCGUCAUCGACAGAUACCGAGAAAGAUGUGCUCUUACUUCAAGGAUCCCCUGGUGUGCAUCGGACCGGUCGCAACGGACCAGGUCAAAAAGAUCGUUCAGUACACGACGGGUGAGAAACGAAUCACCGGCAAAGACAGCCGGCUCUACAAGCAGGGAUUCCCUUAAGCGCACGAAAAGACCUACUUACACACUUAUCCUGUAAUAAUACCGUCUCUGACACGGACUUUCAUUUUCUCUCUUCUCUCUCUCUCUCUUUCUUCACUUUUCUAAUCGUUACGCUCCAUUACAAUAUAUAUAUAAUACACGUACACUUUUUUUUUUUUUUUUUCCAUUAGUUCUUUAGUGCUGAAACAAUGGUUUGUACGAUACUAUCAAAAGACCCAAUCCUAAUCAUCUAUUACCGAUCAAACCAAUGAUUGGUCGAUUUUUCCUUCGUUACGUUACACCCAUCUUAAGGUAAUUAACUAAUUGGCGCGUGCCCAUGGAUUUUACAAUUGAUAAAUUGACAGGAAAGAAGGCCACCAGAGAUUACAAUGUUGGUGGAUGGAAAAGACGGGUGUGUGUGGAUCUGUGUUGGAGGCUCGUUCAGAGAUGAUUAUAAUUUGCGUAAACUGUGUACUAUUGAAGCUAGAAAGUAAAUGUAUACACACGUUGCACGCUUUCACGAAGGUUACUUUUAUUACACCUUAUAUUGUUGUUGUUGUUAUCAUUACUGUUCAAUUUUUAUGUGAUUAUGACUGAAAAAAAAAAAAAAAAAAAAAA